CUGACCCGCUGGCACCCCCGAUUUAACGUGGACAGCGUGCCAAACGUCCAGGCCGGGCCCCUGCCCCAGGUCCCCCAGGGGGAGAAGCUGGAGGAGCGUCUGCUGAUGCUGUCCCGGCUGGGGGAGCUGGCCCGGAUCCUGCGCAGCGUGUUUGUAGCAGAGAAGAAGGCGGCCCUGACCAUGGAGGUGGCCUGUAACCGCAUGGUGGCCAGCUACAGGUCUGCCCUCAGCACAGGAGAAAUGGAGAGACACGUCCGGCUGCUGGGGGAGGUGGCUGCUGAUUGGCUGAGCAUCCUCCCCAUCAGGAAGGACGUCUACCUGAAGCUGAACAAGAAGGUGGAGCUCAGCCUGGUUCUGGACAAACUGAGCAGCCGAAUCAGAGAGGAGAACCGGACCUCCUGCUGAGCUGCAUUUGACUGAUUUUUUUCUUUGGCAGAAUAUGCGAGUGAACUGGCCUCUGGUUCUUUAGGAAUCACUGUUCAAUGGUGAUCAAUGUUUGCAUUUUAAACAUUUAGUUGUUUUUUUUUAUCAGAGACACACUGCCCUUUAGUUUUGUGAAUAAACAGAGGUGUGUUACCACUGACGCUGAGCUUGUUUCUGUCACGG